AUGGUGAUUAUAGCGCUGGCACCCAAAGCGUCCUUCCCAUCUCAACUGCGUCAGGCAAUCGCUGCUCUAGCCUACCUCCUUGCACAAGGCACAAAAGCUUCUAACAUCGUCCUUGUCGGCGACUCUGCUGGUGGCAAUCUCAUAUUGCAACUUGUCUCACACAUUCUGCACCCCAUGGCCGGCCUUCCACCACCACCUAUACUAUCGAAACCGCUUGCAGCCAUCGUCCUCGUGUCCCCGUGGACAUCUUACAGCGACGAUUACCGCUCAUUCAAGCACCAGCAAACGUCCGGGAAUAAGUAA